UGCUGGAGCGCCACCACCAACGGAUGAAAGGCUCAAGAUUGGUUGGCGAUGGCACUGACCCUACCAAAAGGUCGGGACACGCCGUUACAGUUCCUGACAAAUAACUCGAUGGCUUCAAGGCAGAGUCUCGGGUCCGUCGAGUUGCAACCUCACCGCUUUAAAGCCACAAGCUACAGGCGUGCAAAAUACCAUAUUAAACAACUGCAUGAAAGGAGGCCCACGUCUGGGGGCGGUGUGCAGGGGUGAGGCGGGACACGUGCCAGCCACUCAUCAAAGGCUGGGGACCGAGGCGCACGCCUGGCCUUCUGCGGACCGCGGCUAAGCCUGCAAACAAAUCCGGCGUGCAGCUCCCCUGGAUUCCACAGCACCGGAAACGGCAACGCCCACUGGGGGCGCUGCGGACACACGAGUGGAGGCUGCCUUCCAGGAAGCCAAAAAAAAAAAAAAAAAAAAAACCACAACGGGGGUGGGGGGGGUGAAGAAAGAAAGAGAAAAAGGAGGGAUAGUGGAGAGCCGGGCCCUGGCCGCCGCCCCCACGCCGCGCCCCGCCUCUUCGCCACCAGGGCCGCCGCCGCUGCCCACGGCCGCUCCCCGGCGGUCCAGCCCUCGGACCCCUCUGCCGACCCGGCGCUGCCCGCCGCCGGGGACCUCAGGGAUCAUGGCCCAGGUGGCGGUGUCUGCCCUGCCCAUGGAGAACGAGGAGGCCUCAGAGAGCAGGAUGGUGGUGACGUUCCUCGUGUCUGCUCUGGAGUCCAUGUGUAAAGAGCUGGCCAAGUCCAAGGCAGAAGUGGCCUGCAUCGCAAUGUAUGAGACAGACGUGUUUGUUGUUGGAACCGAGAAAGGACGUGCUUUUGUCAACGCCAGGACGGAUUUACAGAAGGAUUUUGCAAACUACUGCAUUGCCGAAGGGGUGCGUGAGGCCAGAUCCCCAUGUCCUGCGAACGGGAUGCAGAUCGAUUCAGGAGAAACAGAAAUACUCAGAAAAGCAGUUGAGGACUAUUUCUGCUUUUGUUACGGCAAAGCCUUGGGGACCACAGCGAUGGUGCCUGUUCCGUACGAGAAGAUUCUGAGGGACCCAGCGGCCGUGGUUGUACAGGGGCUUCCAGAAGGAGUGGCCUUUCAGCACCCCGAGAACUAUGGUCUCACCACCCUGAAAUGGAUUUUGGAGAACAAAGCGGGGAUUUCAUUCAUCAUCAACAGACCUUUCCUAGGUCCAGCGAAUCAGCUCGGUGGGUCUUUGGUGGUCAUGGAUGCUAAGAGAUCGGUGACGUCACCAAGUGAAAGCUGUGGCCCCAUCAGUGUGAAAACUGAACCCAUGGAAGAUUCAGGCUCGGCACUGAGAGCGACGGCUGUGUCAGUCAAGAAGGAGUCAGAAGAUCCUAAUUACUAUCCGUCUAAUAUGCAAGACAGCCAUCAUCCUUCUGGGAGCAGCGACGUAACAGACAUGGAAUUAUCCAUGGAAGAUUCCACUCUGCUUGUCCCAUCAGAAGCGUGUGAGGACCCCGAAGCCGAGGUGAAAAUUGAAGGAAGGACAACUGCCUCGGGUAUUACACGUUCCGCCGUGGGUGUUGAAGAUCUUAACAUCGUUCAGGUGACAAUUCCAGAUAAUGAGAAGGACCGAUUAUCCAGCAUUGAAAAGAUAAAACAACUAAGAGAACAAGUCAAUGACCUCUUUAGUCGAAAAUUUGGGGAAGCAAUCGGGGUAGAUUUCCCCGUGAAAGUUCCCUACAGGAAAAUCACGUUCAACCCCGGCUGUGUGGUCAUCGACGGCAUGCCCCCGGGGGUGGUCUUCAAAGCCCCCGGUUACCUGGAAAUCAGCUCCAUGAGAAGGAUCUUGGAUGCUGCGGAAUUUAUCAAAUUCACAGUCAUCAGGAGGUGGGCGGUGGGUCCCUGAAGCCAAGCUUCUGCGCCAAGCCGCCUCCCCCACUGAGUUUACCGUACUCUGCUCCUGGGAGCCGUGUGUCCAUGUCCCUGGUGACGGCGGCGGCCUCCCCCACUGCACCUAGCGUAGUGUUGACGCUCGCCGAAGCCCGUCAACCAGAACUGACCGGGCAAGAGGGGCCAGAUGACCUCUGUUGCAUUCACCGUGUCUCUUUCUCUUCAGACCGCUUCCGGGCCUCGAGCUUAGCAACGGUGAGUAUCCCAGGUGGCGAGCAGGGCGUUCUGGCACCCAGCGUGCAGUGCGACGCAUCUCGGCGGGCACUCCUUGCUUCUUGAGCCUUGAGCCUUAGAGCAAAGCGUGGUGCUCUCUAGAUGCAGUUUCUUUUUUCCCCGCUGGCGAUCAGGUCCUUUAAUUCUGCUGUUCAGCCAGGCAUUUCUUCUCCCGCGAUGGUUUGGUGCGGCUCACUGGUGCGCCCUCAUCCGGGAGCCCUCCAGGGGCUGGUAGGUUGAUGCUGAACUAGCCCAUCCUAGCCGGUAAAUAGGGCCUGCCUGGCCACCACAGCUCCACCCGCCCCGUGAUCCCCCACCCAAAUCUCCCCACAGUUCAGACCCGAAAGGGGUACCGCCUGGCACAGACAGGGGCUCCCAGGGCCCCCUCAAUCUGUUCUGACAGAGCAAUGCCCCAGCCACCGUGCGUGGCAGAUAUCUCCCCUGGAGUCCUUGCACGCAAGUUAACACCCUGGAGGGUGAGUAAAGCGGGUGGAGAGCUGUUCGCAAGAGUGCGAGUCACGAGGGAACCUCCUCGUUUACAGUUUGAAAACAACAAAAACACUCUUGACAAACGCCCGACUGUUAUUCCGAAACUCACCUUGUUGCCAAAUGAAUUUUUUUUGUUUUUGGUACGUUUUUGGUAGCUUUACUGGGGCAUGGUUUACGUGCCGUAGAACUCGGUUGUGUGCAGUGUGCACACGUCACUGAUUUUUAGUAAAUUUACAGAGUUGUGCAACCAUCACCACAAUCUAACAUUAGGACAUUCCUGUCACCCCCAAAACAUUCCUUCUACCCAUGUCCCGUCAUUUCCCGUUCCCGCCCCCAGCCCCAGGCAACCACCGAAUUGACUUUCUUUCUGUCUCUGCCUUCAUUUUCUUAAAGUGAAUUUUUAGGCCUGUGUUUUCUCCCAAGUAGAGCUCACCUGCAUCGUGGCCAGAUUUCUUUAAAUUUCAAACAAGUAAGUUCUGUGCGGUCCCGUGGCUAUCUAUGACCAUGGUCUUUUGUGACUCACAGCAGGUAAAUCACGCGCCUUCUGUGGCCAUCCAUGUCUCUGUCAUUUCAAAGUUCUCUGGAGACCCAAAUGAAAAAAUAUGCAUUAAAAUGCAAACAUACUGCCACAUCAUUCUUGCUUAAACCAGAUGUGGCAAACAUAGGUCCUUGUUGAACUUUACAAAAGAUGCCUUUCUUUUGGCUCAUGUACCUUUUUUUUAACUUUUUUUUAAAGUUUAUUUAUUUAUGAGAGACAGACAGAGAGACAGAGUGUGAGGGGGGAGGGGCAGAGAGAGAGGGAGACACAGAAUCCGAAGCAGGCUCCAGGCUCUGAGCUGUCAGCAUAGAGCCCAACUUGGGGCUUGAACCCAUGAACCAUGAGAUCAUGACCUGAGCCGAGGUCAGACGCUUACUGCGUAAGCCACCCAGGCGCCCCUGGCUCAUGGACCUUUUAAAAAUGGGAACAUGCGGCCAACAUUGAAAAGCCAGGGACUUUUGCAGAAAAAAAAAAAAAGAAAAGGAAAAAGAAAGCCACAGACUUUUUCAUAAAAGUCUAUUUCUGGGGGUGGGGGGGCACCUGGCUGGCUCAGUGGAUGGAGCACGUGACUUACUCUUGGGGUCGUGAGUUCGAGCCUCACCUGUGGUGUAGUUUACUUAGAAAUUUAAAAAAAAAAGUCAAUUUCCAAAGUUUCUUUUUUUUUUUUUUUUUUUUUUAACGUUUAUUCGUUUUUGAGAGACAGAGACAGAGCAUGAGCGGGGAAGGGGCAGAGAGAGGGAGACACAGAACCCAAGGCAGGCUUCAGGCUCCGAGCCAUCAGCACAGAGCCCGACGCGGGGCUCGAACUCACAAACUGCAAGAUCAUAACCUGAGCCGAAGUUGGUCACUUGACUGAGCCACCCAGGCGCCCCGUUUUUUUUUUAAAUUUUUUUUAAUGUUUAUUUAUUUUUGAGACAGAGAGCACGAACGGGGGAGGGUCAGAGAGAGAGGGAGACACAGAAUCCGAAGCAGGCUCCAGGCUCUGAGCAGUCAGUACAGAGCCCAACGUGGGGCUCGAGCUCACGGACCGUGAGAUCAUGACCUGAGCCAAAGUCGGAAGCUCAACCGACUGAGCCACCCAGGAGCCCCUCCAAGGUUUCUUUAGAAAUCUGAAGAUCUGGCCACCAUGGGCCCACGUUCCCUCCAGCGGCAAUUCGCUGGAGCGGAGGGUCUGGCCGUCCCUCUCCGCAGGGGUGGGUUAACCACGCCCAUCCCCCAGCCACUUUACCCCUGACAUUUAUCAUCAUGCUUUUGCAAUCAUUUUUCGUAAAGAGAAAAAGUGAACUAUUUCUUGUCUCCGUGUCUCUAUCAAAAGUGGGAAAGAGAAAGAUAGACCAGGAGGGCCGCGUAUUUCAAGAAAAGUGGGAGAGAGCGUAUUUCUUCGUGGAAGUGCAGAACAUUCCUACGUGUUUAAUAUGCAAACAGAGCAUGUCGGUGUCCAAAGAAUACAACCUC